UUUCAACAGAUGGUUCUGGUUAAAGAAGAAGCUUCAGAAGAACAGAGUGCUCGUGUCAACCACCAGCACCUAGAUUUUCUCCACAAGAAGGAGGAACAGGAGAAACUCUGGUCUAGUAUGGAGGGAGAGCAUCUCCAUUUGAAUAAGGAGACUGAUGCUGCCAGGUUUCAAUCCUUUAGCCAAAAAACACAUUUAAACAAACACAUGAGAGGCCAGACAAAGCAGAAACAUUUUGCCUGUGAGCACUGUGGACAAAGGUUUCACCAAAAGAGUAAUUUAACCACACACAUGAGCGUCCACACAGGAGAGAAGCCCUUUCCUUGUGAGCUCUGUGGAACGAGAUUAAGCCAAAAGACACAUUUAAACAUUCACAUGAGAGUCCACACUGGACAGAAUCCUUUUGCCUGUGAGCUCUGUGGAAAUAGAUUUAGUGAAAAGGGAAGUUUAAACAUACACAUGAGAGUCCACACUGGACAGAAGCCUUUUGCUUGUGAGCUCUGUGGACAAAGAUUUAGCCAAAAGACUACUUUAAACAAACACAUGAGAGUCCACACUGGAGAGAAGCCCUUUCCUUGUGAGCUCUGUGGAAAGAAAUUUAGCUUAAAGUCAACUUUAAACAUACACAUGAGAGUCCACACUGGAGAGAAGCCUUUCGCCUGUGAGCUCUGUGGUAAUAGAUUUAGUGAAAAGGGAAGUUUAGACAAACACAUCAGAGUCCACACAGGGCAGAAGCCCUUUCCUUGUGAGCUUUGUGGAAAAAGAUUUAGCCUUAAGACAAAUUUAAACAGACACAUGAGAGUCCACACUGGACAGAAGCCUUUUGCUUGUGAGCUCUGUGUAAAAAGAUUUAGCCGAAAGACUUAUUUAAACAUUCACAUGAGAGUCCACACAGGAGAGAAGCCUGUUGCUUGUGAGCUCUGUGGACAAAGAUUUAGCCGAAAGUCAACUUUAAACAAACACAUGAGAGUCCACACUGGAGAGAAGCCUUUCGCCUGUGAGCUCUGUGGUAAUAGAUUUAGUGAAAAGGGAAGUUUAGACGCACACAUGAGAGUCCACACAGGACAGAAGCCCUUUCCUUGUGAGCUCUGUGGAAAGAAAUUUAGCUUAAAGUCAACUUUAAACAUACACAUGAGAGUCCACACUGGAGAGAAGCCUUUCGCCUGUGAGCUCUGUGGUAAUAGAUUUAGUGAAAAGGGAAGUUUAAACAAACACAUGAGAGUUCACACAGGAGAGAAGCCCUUUCCUUGUGAGCUCUGUGGUAAUAGAUUUAGUGAAAAGGGAAGUUUAAACAAACACAUAAGAGUCCACACAGGAGAGAAGCCCUUUCCUUGUGAGCUCUGUGUAAAAAGAUUUAGCGGAAAGACACAUUUAAACAGACACAUGAGAGUCCACACAGGAGAGAAGCCCUUUCCUUGUGAGCUCUGUGUAAAAAGAUUUAGCCGAAAGACACAUUUAAACACACACAUGAGAGUCCACACAGGAGAGAAGCCCUUUUCUUGUGAGCUCUGUGUAAAAAGAUUUAGCCAAAAGACAAAUUUAAACACACACAUGAGAGUCCACACUGGCUUUUCGCCUGUGAGUUCGGUGGAAAAGUUUUACCCAAAAGAUCAGUUUAAACGGUCACAAAAGAGUCCAUAAAGGACAUAAGCUUUUUGCUUUUGAGCUCUGUGGACGGAGAUUUAGCUGAAAGAAAACUUUACAAUCAUCAAUCAUUGCCCUGACAUUAUGGUUUUAAUUCUUCUUUUUGAUCAGGAUGCUUGAUCUUAUUUUGUCCCCCAUUUGUUUUUAAUUGAUUAGUCUUAUUCCGUUUUUUCUCUGUAUUUGUAAUAUUGUUAGCUUGAUAUUUUAUGAUUUUAUGUUUUUAUUUUUGCUUUUAUGCCCAUGUACUAGGAAUGUUUUUAUGAUGAUGCUGUUCAGCACCUUGGGCUUCUGAUAAAGUUGUGGAAGGUAAACAAUAUAAACAAAAUUGAAUUGAAAAAAUUGAAUUGAAUCUAAGCAUCCACUAGGGCUGAACGAUCUAUUGCAGGGGUCUCCAACCUUUUUUGGCCCGUGGGCUACUUUUACACAAUGAAAGUACAGCAGAGUUACUGCCAUAUGAUUCAUUUACAUUGAUACUUUCCAUGUGUGAAUGUGCUUAUGUUAAACAUGCUAUACUUACUAUAUUAACAUGCAUUGUACUCACAAGUUGAUUUCUCUGUAUUUCAGUACAUCAGUAUAUAUUAACCCUUUGACGAAUAAUGGUCACUACAGUGGGCAGGUACUCAAAAUUGAUAUUUAUUUAUUUUUGCUAUUGAGCACAGCUGUUGGAAAACUUUAUUGCAUGUGAGCCCCUCCAUUUGGGCUUCAGCAAGUCAAGCCCGCAUAUUUCAUGUUCAGAAUGCACGCUGCCCACUGAGCUGGACAUGUAAUAAGUUAUUUGUAAGUUAACAAAAUGUUACAAAAAAUAUUUUUUGAAAUUUGUUUCAUUCACACCUAAAGAUGAAUGAAAAAAAUUGUUUAAAAAAUCAUGGUUGAAGAUUUCAUAAUUCAUGCAUCAAAGGUUUAAAAGUAUAAGUAAACUAGUGACAUUCUGAAAACCAAAUUAAACAAAACAUAUUUAGUUUUUUAAACUAAUCAGAUACUUUCAGAUAAUGAAUAACAAAUCUACUUCAUGUGAAUGAUUUGGUAAUUUUUUUAGAAGGUUAGUAACAUAACUUUUUAAGCGCACAGGAACAGCUAACCUGUAAAGCUGAUGAUAUUUGAAAUAAAAUACAAGCUAAAUGUGAUGAAAACACAAAAGUCUAAAUAGUUUGAAUUGAAGUAAAAAAAAUGUAAAAUCAAAAAUAAGACUUGUUCCUGCUCUCCUGAUGUACUGAAUAAUUUUUAUGGGGUUUUUUUUUGGUCAUGAAAGUUAAGUUUUGCUGCGUUUUGUGCUGACAAUAUGAAGGUUGGAGGUUUAUCCUUUUUUCUGCAUCUUGUAGGUUUUUUUCUCCGCGCGUCUCUAAAUAAAGUAAAAUUUUCUAGUGCAGAGUGGAGACAACCCAUAGAAGCACUGAUUUGAUCUCAUUUCAGAGAAAAAUAGAACAGGUUAGAUGCACCUAAUAAAUACAAUUAUAACAAACUCAGGAAUCUGUUUCUUUGCUUCACUGUUCUGGUGCUGAAAACAUCACUAAUGCGGAUCAAAUGAGAUACACAGAUGAAUGCACCUCUUAUUUAUUGUUUGGAAACUACAUUUACUGCAGCUGGCAGAGGCAGAGAUUUUUUCUAUUGAUACACGGAAUUUACAGAAUCAUUUUAAAUGUUAACAGGGAAAGACUGCAGGAGGGAGCGGUAAAAUACAGGGGGUCCCCAGCAAAAACAAACUUUACGAGUCUGAUGAAACCCGCUGGUUUUCCAUCAGGCAGUCACGGGGCAGC